AAAAAAAAAUGUGUCCCUGGGCGAUGGUAUAAAAAUAAUAGUUUACAUGGAAUACUGAUUGCAAGUUCUCAGGCUUGUAGAACAUUUAGCUUAUUGUGUCUAAAUCAUAGGUGAUAUAUUAUCUAACCAGCUAAUUAGGUCUGACUCUGAUCAGAUUUGCCUGUCAAAGCUGUGUUUAUUUAACAUGCUUCAACACAGAAUAUGAGUCUUUGGCAAUGCACAGAAAACGGUGCAGCCGCAGUGGUUAAGUGAGUCAGGUCCUGAGGGCCCUCCAGCAGUCCUUACAAUUCCUUUGAAAUGCAUACUGCAGAAGAAAGGGUCUGACAGUGUGGAGGGUGGCUCUGUAGUCUUAGGAAUCCACAGUGAAUUAAAGUCUAGACUCACUCAUUUGUCAGUGUAAGGGGAGGAGCGAGAGGGAGCAAAUCAGAUAUGCCCAAAAUGUUACAGAGGUACCAGUGAAUCAAGGAUGCUGGUGCCACUCCGUGCGUUGUGGGGAAGGCGAUGAUAAUAGCCCAGCGGCAGCAGCAGGAGCAGCGUUGUUCUCAGAAACAGUCACAUAAACAGCAGCCAGGGUAGGCCUCCUCCCUUCCAAAGAAGCAUACUGCUGCUUGGUGAAAUGCAAGACUGGAGUUUCAAAAUCUCGAGUUGAGCAUGGCUGCUUUACAAGUGUGGCUCAGAAACCCUGAUGAUUUGGACAGGCAGAACUCUGUGCUAGCAAUACUAACUUGGGAAGAGAAAUGCUACUUUUUGUAAAUUUUUCCCAACAGUCAGGCCCUUGAAGAAGAUCUCAAAUUACCUGUUUAAAAAAAAAAAAAGAAAAAAAGAAAAGGCAGGCAGGAAGGAAGAAAGUUUUGGCAAGCCUGCAGGAAUAAUGAUGUCUGUAGAAACUACCUAGAGCAGAAGCUCAGUAUUGAUUUGCUCAUGACUCUUACCUGGGAGUGGAAGGUAGGAAGAAAUGGACAGUGGCCGUGACAAGAAGACGAGGCGCGGUGCAGCCUGGUGAAGCCAAGCGCUGACUGCACUCUGCCCACUCUUCAUGCAGUGCUGCGGGCUGGUACAUCGCCGGCGAGUACGGGUGUCCUAUGGUUCGGCAGACUCCUACACCAGCCGCCCAUCCGAUUCAGAUGUGUCUUUGGAAGAAGAUCGGGAGGCAGUGCGCAGAGAAGCUGAGCGGCAGGCCCAGGCACAAUUGGAGAAAGCAAAGACAAAACCUGUUGCAUUUGCGGUUCGGACAAAUGUCAGCUACAGCGCAGCCCAUGAAGAUGAUGUUCCAGUUCCAAGCAUGGCCAUCUCAUUCGAGGCGAAAGAUUUUCUGCAUGUUAAGGAAAAAUUUAAUAAUGACUGGUGGAUAGGACGACUGGUUAAAGAAGGCUGUGAAAUCGGAUUUAUCCCAAGUCCAGUCAAACUAGAAAACAUGAGGCUACAGCAUGAACAGAGAGCCAAGCAAGGGAAAUUCUACUCCAGUAAAUCAGGAGGAAACUCUUCAUCCAGCUUGGGUGACAUAGUACCUAGUUCCAGAAAGUCUACACCACCAUCAUCUGCUAUAGAUAUAGAUGCUACUGGCUUAGAUGCAGAAGAAAAUGAUAUUCCAGCAAACCACCGCUCCCCUAAACCCAGUGCAAACAGUGUAACGUCACCCCACUCCAAAGAGAAAAGAAUGCCCUUCUUUAAGAAGACAGAGCACACGCCUCCUUAUGAUGUAGUACCGUCCAUGCGACCGGUGGUCCUAGUGGGCCCUUCUCUGAAGGGGUACGAGGUCACAGACAUGAUGCAAAAAGCACUGUUCGAUUUUUUAAAACACAGAUUUGAAGGGCGGAUAUCCAUCACAAGGGUCACUGCUGACAUCUCCCUUGCCAAGCGCUCGGUAUUAAACAACCCCAGUAAGCAUGCAAUAAUAGAAAGAUCAAACACAAGGUCAAGCUUAGCGGAAGUUCAGAGCGAAAUCGAAAGGAUUUUUGAACUUGCAAGAACACUGCAGUUGGUCGUCCUUGAUGCUGAUACAAUUAAUCAUCCAGCUCAACUCAGUAAGACCUCUUUGGCCCCUAUUAUAGUGUAUGUAAAGAUCUCUUCUCCUAAGGUUUUACAAAGAUUAAUAAAAUCUCGAGGGAAAUCUCAAGCUAAACACCUCAAUGUCCAGAUGGUAGCAGCUGAUAAACUGGCUCAGUGUCCUCCGCAGGAGUCAUUUGAUGUGAUCUUGGAUGAGAACCAGCUUGAGGAUGCUUGUGAGCACCUUGCGGACUACCUGGAGGCUUACUGGAAGGCCACCCACCCUCCCAGCAGCAGCCUCCCCAACCCUCUCCUUAGCCGAACUUUAGCCACUUCAACUCUGCCUAUUAGCCCCACCUUAGCCUCUAAUUCACAGGGUUCCCAAGCUGAACAGAGAACUGAUCGUUCUGCUCCUGCCCGGUCUACUUCCCAAGCUGAAGAACAGCCUUGUCUAGAACCAGUCAAGAAAUCCCAACACCGUUCAUCCUCCUCAGCCACACACCAUAACCACCGCAGUGGGACGAGUCGAGGCCUCUCCAGGCAAGAGACAUUUGACUCUGAAACCCAAGAAAGCCGAGACUCUGCCUAUGUGGAGCCAAAAGAGGAUUAUUCCCAUGAACAUGUGGACCACUAUGCCCCACACCGUGACCACAACCACAGAGAUGAGACCCAUGGCAGCAGUGACCACAGACACAGGGAACCUCGUCACCGCUCAAGGGACAUGGAUCGAGAGCAGGAUCACAAUGAGUGCAAUAAACAACGGAGUCGGCACAAAUCCAAGGAUCGCUACUGUGACAAGGAUGGAGAAGCACUAUCCAAAAAAAGGAGCGAGGCUGGGGAGUGGAAUAGGGACGUUUAUAUCCGCCAGUGACCCCGAGUGUCCCUGUCCCAGGUCCUGCAUUACAUCACCCUUGAGCAAAAAUCUUUUGGGUCUGCAUUGCAGUCAGAGUAACCUUUCUUGUAUUUCUGGCUUGCUGUUGCUUGGAUGGUGAUAGCACGGAAUAGAGUAUUAAUACGCAUUCUUUCGUAAGUGCUAGAGAAACUGGCCUGGUACGGCUGCAGUCCUGUCUUCGUACUGGACUCUUCGAGAACCAUCUGGGGUAGCUGCCACCUGAACAAAGUGGCUUAAGAAAUGUAGUUAAUGUGUCCAGCAAGCCAGACGCAGCACAGAUAACAAGUGGGAUUUCUUUUUCCUCCACAUUUUUAAUGCCCAGACACCUGACUGACAUAUUCAUUCAUUCAUGGACCACAGUUUCUUGCUUGUACCUCUGGCUGACUAAAUUUGGGGACAGAUUCAGUCUUGCCUUACACAAAGGGGAUCAUAAAGUUAGAAUCUAUUUUCUAUGUACUAGUACUGUGUACUGUAUAGAUAGUUUGUAAAUGUUAUUUCUGCAAACACCUUAUAUAUACAUAUAUAUACAUAUAUAUAUGUAUGUAUGUUUGAUCACACUAUUUUAGGGUCUUAAUGCCAAGUCAGCAGAUCUGCUUUACGAAUCACAGGGACUAGAAAUGCCCACAUUCAGGAACUUUGUACUAACAUUGUCUAGACACCUAUCCUCAUUCUAUAGAGAGCCUGUACAUACUGUAAAUAUGUGUGACUGCUUGACUUGAGGUUUGAUUUCUGAAUGUUAUGCCAUCCUUGUAAGUUUAUAAUUUUAACCAUAAAUUAUGGAAAUAUAACCAAACUCCAGAGAUUGUUCUACUCCAUAAAGUCCACACUGAUGGUGACAAACACGUUCUUUGCAGCUAGUGUCUGUUAUAGUCACUGCACUGGACUAUCGAAGCCGAACCUGCCGUGUGCGCAUGCGUGUGUGUCUGUAAGUGUGUGAGUGAUGGAAGUGAAGCGCGAUGCUGAGGACGAAUGCAGAAACUAGAGGCUGAUGCUGAGAUUUCUGCCCCCGCCACCCCGGGCUUUGUAUUUAAUUGUGCUGUGUGUUGCUUUAAUAACCCAUUGAGCAGCCAGGGAAUGUGAGGAAGCUUGCUGCCAAAGGUAACUAGGAAAGCAUUCAUCUGCUGGCUCCUUGUGUUGGCUCCUCGAGAGUGAAAACACAGGCAUCUUGUACUGUGAGUGUUUCACUGGAAAUGUACAAUCUUUGUGUGUUAGAGUAUUUGUUUUAGUAAGAAACGUUUACACAGCUUGUGGAACUAUUUCAUAGGAAAAUAAAUUUUUGUAACUUCUCCCAGUUCAUUUUCUAAGCCCACCGAUCGCUCGUGUUGACCUCCCAGUUACCCACCCUUCCUCCUCUGCCAUCUCAGCAGUUUCACUGUCAGAACUCACAAGUGCUUCUUAGAAACAAAAUUUCUGCUCUUCAGAAGAUACCAGGGCAAAAUGGGAUGACUUGACGUGAAAAAACAUUAAAGACAUUUUCCUAUGUGAGACAUCUGAAGGGUUGCCUAAAAGACACUCUCUCCAGGCCUCAGUUUCCCACUGUACGAAGCCACGAUGCUAUUACACUAAGGCUCUAUGUCUCCCAAGUAUCCAGUGCUGACUGCUAGGUAAGACUUAUACAAGUCCCUAGCAUUUGAAGUUUUUCCCAGGAAAAUGCCUAUCUGAAAUUGCCUAAGCAGAUCUGAAGGUCACCGAAAUAAGUUCUAUAAAAAUCUGUGUAUUGCUUUGAUUCCUGGUUAUUCCAGGUUCUUCCAAUUUUACAUUUAAGUAUUUACCCUAUACCGAAGAAAACUAAUGCAUUUCGUUAUUUUAUGAAAAAUUCCUCUUAGAAUCAGUUAGCUCUACACUAUAUGUAGAAUUGAUUUACAGAAUAUGCAAUUGUAUGAAUUUCUGACCCAAAUUUCUCACAUCAUUGUGAAACCAAAUUGUUUUCAUAAAAUAUUUGUUAAAUUUUCUUCACAGAAAGAUAGUGUACACUACCCUAAUCCUUUCCUAAAUGUCAUUUCAUCCCAGUCAUUAACUCUGAGAUACUUAGUCUUGAGAGAUAAAUGGCAGAAAUACUUGCAGUUAUCACUAGCCCCUUUCAAAGGACAGUUCUAAUGCCUUCCAUCAGCUCAAUUUUGCCCCCCAUCUUAGGUCAUCACUUUACUGUGAAAUAUAUUAGUGCAAAUCAAAGUAUUCCUCAACUCUGCAGAAUAAUCUGAUGUAAAGGCAUCUGAGUGUGAAAGCUUUAAGUGGGUACCUGUGUCAACAGUGUGUAGUCAAUCGAUAAAUGAAGAAAUAACCCCAAGAUUGGUGGGAUAUUUACUGACUUGUGGAAUGUAAGAUCAGUCUUUUUCACACAGCAAAUGCUUAAUCCUAACCUACUCAGUGGUAGAAUUGUGACUUUUUUCCUGUAGUCAACCUAGGAAAUGCUGGAAAUGUACUCAAUAGUGUUAAUUUCCUUGUCAGUCAUUUCGGUCUUUCCUGUGCUUCCUUUACUGCUCAUUUAAGUUACUGUUACAAAAAAGGUGCUGCUAAUGUAGGAUGUCUUAGGCACACUGUCCUUUGGGACAAUGCCACAUUUUAACGUGGUCUGCUCUGCGUUCCUGUUAUACAUUCACUGUCAGCUACACUGAACUGUUUAUCCAACCUGGUUUAAAGUCAUUCAUUGAAAGAAAUAAAGAGCUGGCUUCUGCACUGUU